GUGAGUACAUUUUGGUGAGGGAGAAGAGCCAGCAAGGAGCUCAUCUGUCAAUACUGCACAUCAAUGUUGGUUAGCGCUGUCUGAAUGACAUAACCCUGUGUAGACUUGGGCAUAGCAACCUUUGUUUUCAUAAAGCACCCGGCUGUCGGAUCAAACUACGAGCCAUGUCUAAAGAUGAAGAAGUUGGCUGCAAGUUAAAUUCCACCUGUAAACAUAAAGAGCGAAAACCCAAAAAGCCUCAUUAUAUCCCUCGACCAUGGGGAAAGCCAUACAACUACAAAUGCUUCCAGUGCCCCUUCACCUGCAUGGAGAAGUCACACCUCUACAACCACAUGAAAUACAGUCUGUGCAAGAACUCAUUGUCCCUUCUAAUAGAAUCCGACUGGCCCUACAAGAAGAACAACUUUCUUGUCCCAGAAGUCACCCUGAAUCAUGAAGCACAUACAGAGGGCAACCGAGAUAUACAAGAAGCUUGUGAUUCUUCUGCAUCAUCUACACAAUUGAGACAUGUUGCAAAGAAAUCUUCCUCUGAGGUUCAGAGGUUCAUGGAAGAAGAGGAUGAAAGGCUGGAAGAUGAAGAGAAUGAAGUAGCGGGUCAAGCUCAAAAGGAAAAAGGAAAGAACUCUCCUCCUCUACAGGUCAUUGCUGGCAAGAAUGAAGCCAAUGUUAGCGAUGCAACAGGUUUGAAGAACAAGAGGGAGAUGUUAGGUAAAGAAGGUGAGCCAGAGUUUAUUAUCACUGAUGUCUUUUCUUUAGAAGGGCACUGUGAAAAGGACAGAGAAGAACAGAGAUUUGCAAAGGUCCCCAGAAAGACAUCCAACAACUUAGGAAACUCUCGGCUUGACCAGUGGAAACUAUUGACCAACACACUUAAGAAAAGUGUAAUUGACACACCAGUAGGGUGCAGUGGAACUAAUAUUAUUCCAUGCUACCCCCCUCCAACAUAUACUGAUUAUCAGGAACACCAGGGUCUCUCACUUCUGGGCCUCAACUACCCAAAAAGCGGCAACCUCUUCUCCUACCUGAACCCCACCAUGACAAGUGGCACUGCUCAGUUACCCUUCUUGGCCUCUACAGCUCAGCUAAUGCAUCCAGCACAUUUCUCCCAUUUUCAAGCUUUACAAAAUACCGAACGUUCUUCAUUUAUUCCCCAGUUCUACUACCCUUUGCUUUUCGACCAUACAUUCAGCACAUCCGACACCAAGAUUACAGGAAAACCAAUGAACCAAGGUCAACCAGGAAACAUGGCAUUCACCACCAAUGCAAAGGCAAAGGCCCCUGUGGAACCUCAGAAGAUCUGUCUACUCAAACCCCAAGAAGCUAAUAGCCAACAUGCCUGGGGGACAGGGGAUAAGCAGCAAAACCCAACAGUGGCCCACAACAAGCCAACACAAGAAGGAGAGCCAAAAUGGGUCCCCAAUGCAGUAAGGGAAAUCAUCCAACAACAGAAAGAGAUUUUGGGUGUUUAUGGGUUGCAAGCCUCCAGAAUAAAUGAAAACUCCACACAUAAAGAGACAACUGAGGAAUCUCUAUGGGAAAAAGCAAGCCCUACAAGAUGUGUCAAGAGGAAGACAUGGCUGGACAGAGAUAAGCCAGAAAUUAUAACUGACCAGACCACAUCUUCACUAGAAGGAGACAGAACCUUCCAUAAGAGCUCUUGUUCUCCCAUAACCUCUCCUGAUCAAUGGAGGGAGAAAAGCCCAGUGAAUGAGGUGGCCAGUAAGAAGAGAAGAGGAUCCGAGCCAACUCCAGAAAAUUCAGACCCUAUGGCGUUCAAUGCGUCUCUGCUCAUUGGAGACCUCUCCAGAACCCUUGAAGAAUAUGGGAGGGUGGAACGGAAGCUGGCCAAUCUGGCAUCUGACGACAGCGGGCGACAGAAAACUCUGUCAGAACACCUUGGCAAGAUAAGACUGGAGCUGCUGCACAUCCACCACGCUCUGGAGAAGGCAUCCUGUACACACGAAGGACCACUAGACCUUUCAGUCAAAAGGGCUGAAGAUGUGAUCAAGGAAGAUCCAGAAAAGGUCCAACCACGUGUGGAUCCACUAAUAAUCCCUCCUCCUGUGUCCUCUCCUAAACAAGUAGUGAAAGUAGAACUUUUGCCCCCAGAGCUGGUGACAUGUUAUGUACGUCCCACCAAGUGUGAGGCUGAUUCCAGUGUGCUGGUCUGCCCAGAUGGCAGAAUUGGUAGCACUGGGGCUGCACCAGCACAGGGACCUGCACUGGAGCAUAUCCAGUUGGGUAUAGAGCAAUUACGGAGCCCAGUUCUUCUUUUUCGGGCUGUUCUGACCCUGUUUGAGAUCACAAUGGUAUCUUGA